AUGUCUGACGUCCAAAAGACUGUUGAGGAGACCCCCGCGGUCGUCUCUGCCACCGAGCCCGUUGUGACUCCUGCCGUUGUUGCUCCCGCGACUGACGCGACUGAGGUCGUUGACGCUACCGAGACCACCGCUACCCCCGCCGUUGAGAACACCGAGGUUGCUGAGCCUGUCAAGGAGGAGAUCAAGCCCGCUAGCGAAGGCAUUCUCGGCUACAAGGCCCCUGGUCUUGUCAAGGGAUUCCGUUUCGCCAAGCGUUUCUUCUACUUCAACGAGGAGGCUGUUGAGAGCAAGCAGCUCUCCGUGUUCCACCAGAAUGAGAAGGCCGCUGUUGCCAACCCCAUCGCCGCCUGGGCCAGCCAGACCGGCAAGGGUCUGCUUUUCCUCACCAAGCGCGCCGAGGAUAAGGCUACCCCCGCUGGCAUCUUCAACCUCGCUGAAGUUUCCGAUGUGACCAAGGAGGGUUCCAACGAAUUCCUCUUCAAGGUCGCCGGCCACAAGCACACUUUCCAGGCCUCCAGCGCCGCUGAACGUGACAGCUGGGUUGCCGCUAUUGAGUCCAAGGCUACCGAAGCCAAGGCUGAAAAGGAGGCCAUUGUUUCCAGCGAGGGAUACAAGGCUGAGCUGGAGAAGCUGACCAAGCCCGCCGUUGCGGUCGCCGCCAAGAAGCCCGAGGAGAAGAAGGAGGAGACCCCCGAGACAGUCGCCGAGGCCCCCAAGGAGGAGGUCAAGGAAGAGAAGAAGGAGGAGAAGGCCGCUGCCAAGAGCCGCUCCCAGUCUCGCAAGCGCACUAGCAUCUUCGGUUCCCUGUUGGGCAAGAAGGAUGCCGAGGAGAAGAAGGAGGAGACUCCCGCUACUGAGGAGGCCAAGGCCGCCGAGCCUGCUACUGAGCCUACCGCCGAGACUCUUGUUGAGCCUGCUCCUAUCGCUGGCGAGACCACCGAGGUUGCUGCCCCUGUCGAGGCCGAGACCACUCAGGCCGUCCAGCCUGCUGCUGAGACCCCUGCUGAGACCGAGGCCACCAAGGAGGCCACCAAGGAGGAGGCCAAGGAGAAGAAAGAGGAGAAGAAGUCCAAGCGCGCUUCCAUCUUCGGCAAUCUGUUCCAGAAGGCCACAAGCCCCUCCCAGGAGAAGUCCGAGAAGGAGGCCACUGCCCCCGUUACCGAGGAGACCGCUGUUUCCAGCACUGCUCCUCAACUCGAGAACCCCGUCGAAGAGGCUGCCGUCAAGCCUAUCGAGGCCGAGACCGUCAUUGCCCCCGCUGAGGCUGAGGCUUCCAAGGUUGCCUCUGCUGAGACUCCUGUCGCCGAGGCUGUCUCCACUCCCAAGGAGAAGCGCCGCACCUCUUUCUUCGGCAACCUGGGCAUGAAGAAGGAGAAGAAGACCGAGUCCGAUAACGAGGGAACCGACGGUGAGGCUAAGGAGACCAAGGCCAAGAAGCUCGGCGGUCUUUUCCGCAAGCCCAGCAAGGCCGUCAAGCUCGACAAGGAGGAGGUCGCCGCCGCCGAGACCGAGGCUAAGGCCGACCAGGCUGAGGAGGUUGCCCCCGCUGUCCCCGCCAAGGAGACCGUUGAGGAGACCCCCGCUGUUGUCGCUGAGGCCCCCAAGGACGUUGAGACCACUGAGGAGGCCAAGAACGUCACCGUUCCUGCUUCCACCCCUGUCCAGGCUGCUGCAUGA